UUUUAAAGUAAUGUUUUCUAAAUUUUUAUGGAUCGAAACACGGUUUCAAAAACUGUAAUUUUCUGGUUAUCUUGGCUAAGAGUUUCUUACGUCUACCGUCAGAUAUCCCUGCGGUGCAUUCGAAUCAUUUCCAAUAUGGCACCACGACCCACGUGAAUUCCUAACCUAUCAAGAGUUGUUUACAUACAAAAUUGGAUUUUAUAGUAUUAUUGCUCAAACAUAUAUUAUGGGUGAAAAGAUGAACACCGACGAGAAAGUAACUAGAGUAGAAGACAUACUCAGCAAUAUAUCUACGGUUACCGAGACAAGUACACCAAACUCAGAAUUGAAGGUUAAAGCCAAAAAAGAAAAAUCAGCUGUACAACAAAUUCCAAAAGGGAGACCAAAAUCUGGUAGGAUAUGGAAGGAACAGAAGACACGAUUUUCAUCUAUUGUCAAAACACGUGGCAUACGCUUAUCGUUUGAAAAAAAGAAGAAAUUGAAAGAAGACCUGAAACGUGCUAAAGAAAUGACACGGGAAAACAAAGCGAGGAAGCAGGCAGAGAAGGAGGCUAAAAAGAACAGGAGGAAAGCAAAUUUGAAACGUGCUGAAGAGAAUAGGAAAAAGGGUGAAGUUGUACAAGUUAUCACAAACACUACAAAAUUGAAGAAAAUAAAGAGGAAACAUCUUAGAAUGAUAGAGAAGAGAGAUACACUUAAUUUUUAGUUUAAUUUUUAGAAUAAUUAGGUACCUACAUAUUUAUACUGAUAUAUAUUUUGUUUCUUGCAAAU